UCCGCCGCCAGAGCCGGCGCGACUCCGCAGCCGCCGCUCGCAACGAGCCCCUUGCAGCGGGAUGGGAUGCAACUUCUGGUAAUUGGAUCACAGGUGAUGCAAUUCAAAUGUGCUGUCUUUGAUCUAAAUGGAUUAUGCAUUUGCAAUACCUACCUUGGAGAUAAUGAAAGAAAGAAUACACUUCUGUGUUAAGACGCUUAAGUGAUAACUGGAUAUCUUGUUAGCGGAACAGAAAUGAAUAACUCAACGUACAUAAACUCUUCCACUGAAAAUGUGAUGGCUUUGGAAAGCCCCUAUAAAACUGUUGAGGUAGUCUUCAUUGUCCUUGUAGCAGGGUCUCUCAGUCUAGUCACCAUAAUUGGGAACAUCCUGGUCAUGGUGUCAAUCAAAGUCAACAGGCACCUACAGACUGUCAACAACUACUUCCUGUUCAGCUUGGCCUGCGCUGACUUGAUCAUCGGCAUCUUUUCAAUGAACCUAUACACCCUCUACACUGUGAUAGGCUACUGGCCCUUAGGGCCUGUGGUGUGCGACCUCUGGCUGGCUCUUGACUAUGUAGUCAGCAAUGCCUCUGUAAUGAACCUCCUCAUUAUCAGCUUUGACAGAUACUUUUGUGUCACCAAGCCUCUGACGUAUCCUGUAAAGCGGACCACUAAGAUGGCAGGCAUGAUGAUCGCAGCGGCGUGGGUGCUGUCCUUCAUCCUGUGGGCCCCUGCAAUUCUCUUCUGGCAGUUCAUUGUGGGAGGAAGGACUGUCCCAGAUGGAGAUUGCUACAUCCAGUUUUUUUCCAAUGCUGCCGUCACUUUUGGCACUGCCAUUGCAGCCUUCUAUUUGCCUGUUAUCAUCAUGACUGUCCUUUACUGGCAAAUCUCUCGAGCCAGUAAGAGUCGGAUAAAGAAAGGGAAAAAGGAAGCUGCCCAAAACCAAGAUACAGUUUCCCCCAGCCUUGUCCAAGGUAAAAUAGUGAAACCAAACAAUAACAACAUCCCAACCAGUGGGGAUGGGUUGGAGCACAGCAGAAUUCAGAAUGGAAAAACCACUGGAGAGACUGUGACGGAGAACUGUGUUCAAGGGGAGGAGAAGGAGAGCUCCAACGACUCCACUUCUGUCAGCGUAGUCGCUUCCAACAUGAAAGAGGAUGAAGCUGCCAAAGAUGCCAGUCAGGCUUCUGCCUCCCAAGACCAUCUCAAAGUGGAGAACUCCAAGCUGACAUGCAUCAGGAUAGUCACAAAGUCCCAAAAGGGUGACUGCUGUGCCCCCACCAACACUACUGUGGAGAUUGUAGGUACCAACAGGGAGGAGAAGCAGAAUAGUGUAGCCCGGAAAAUUGUCAAGAUGACAAAGCAGCCAGCCAAAAAGAAACCACCUCCUUCUAGAGAGAAAAAAGUGACAAGGACUAUUUUAGCCAUCCUCCUGGCCUUCAUCAUCACCUGGACACCAUACAACGUGAUGGUGCUCAUCAACAGCUUCUGCACAUCCUGCAUCCCCAGCACUGUAUGGACCAUAGGUUAUUGGCUCUGUUAUAUCAACAGCACCAUCAACCCUGCUUGUUAUGCGCUCUGCAAUGCUACUUUCAAGAAGACCUUUAAGCACCUUCUUAUGUGUCAUUACAAGAAUAUAGGAGCUACAAGGUAAAAAUAAUAAUAAUAAUAAAAAUAAUAAUGGAAAGGGUGAAGAAGUUCCAAAUUAAAUUAAAAAAACCCUAAUGCCAUAGCACUUUAUGCUCUUCUAUGGAAUGUGCAAUCCAGGAUAUUAGUGGAAAUACUGACAUGGAGCAUCAGCUCCACCCCUCAGAACUACACUUAAAAACAUUUUUUUAAUUAUUGAAAAUAAAUCUUGAGGACAUGGGGAUGUAUGAGGAAUUAUUCAAGUAUGUGGACUGGAGGCACAGUUCCUUGCUUUCUGAGAUUAUUCUGCAGAAGGGCUUUAGAGUCUAUGAUCUUUUGUCAUUCUGUGUAAAAUUCUUGUUCUUUUUUCUUUUUUUUCUGUGUCUGUUUAAUAUGUCUUCAUCUAGGGAAAAAAAAUUAAAUUUUAACAAUAACUGUGUGGAAGAGGCAUAGGAGUUUGGAAGAUCCUUACAUAAUCCAAAUGAAUCAUGGUAGAAGGUUUCUAAAGCUCAGAGUUGUCUCAAGUUUUUUUGUCACUGUCAUGUAAGAACCUUAAUAUUAGGUAACUCAUGAUGAAAGUUAUUUUAUGUUGUUUAUGACACUACCAUUUCCAAAACUGCAUCAGUUCUGAAAGUGUACUUAUGCUUAACAUGUAACCAUUGCCUAACCUGUGUAUCAUUCAAACUCUGCUACUUGCCCCCUUCUAGGGGAUUUUGUUCAUGAUUCUUUCAUCACGUCAAGACAGAAGUGAAAAAAGGCAGUCUUUUCCAGAUUGCUACAUCCCGAGAGUAUUUCAACAUCCAUGUAAACCAAAGCUUUUGAGACAAUUUUCUUCACUUUGUUUGUCAUAUAACAUCCACCCAUGGAUUUGUCUUUUACCUCCAUCAGCCUUUUCUUCCUUUUUGUACCUUACUUGUCCAAGGCAUGAAGAUUGAAUGUCUAAAGAAGUUGUAAAUUCAAAGGUCUCAUCCAGUCAGCCACCAUGGUGGCCAAACAAAGGACCUCAGCUGAAGAACAGAAACAAGGUUAUUACUAGGAAAAUGGAGGUUACAUCCUUUUAAAGUUGGAUGUAUGGAUGAAGAGGUAUGCUGAGGCUCCACAGAAUGAAUAGUUACUAUUAGAUGACUAUGCUCUUGACCAGUCAAAAGAUGAUUCACACUUAUUUAUUGAGGAAAAAAAUAAGAUGGACUGUGAUGCCCACAUGGAUCAAGCUCUGCCUAAGACCUCAGUGUGAAACCAGGGUACUUCUUAAGUGUAUCCUGGACAAGACAUUUACUUUGUGGAAAAGAUAUUGGCUACAUUGCCUUUUGUACCAACUGGGAGCAAUAUUUUCACUGUAAGCCAAGGGAUAACACCAAUAAAAAGGCAGAGAAGAAAACAGUGAUUACACAAAACCAGAUACUGAAAUAGUCUGGAUGGGGGGCUGGCAGGGAUAAAGUUCAAAUAUUAUCUGCUACUCCACACCAGCUCAAAUUCAGAUUCUUUCUGCCCAGCAAAGAAUUUACUAUGAUAUAUGAUAUUUAUUGUAGCACAACUGAGCACUGUGUGGAUAGGACAAAGUGUAUCAGAUUACUGAAAACAGCAAUUGACUGUGAGUUAGGCAUAUUCUAGUUACCUCCUUCUUAGUAACUCUAACUUUGAGGCACUAGUAAAGGUACACCUAAAUAUUUCGUUACCCAAAAAAGUAGUUUGCUGCAUAGACAGUGUCCUGAGGGACUGUCUUCUGGAGUGAAAGCCACCUACCAAAUAGGACACCAAAUCAUUCUGUUAUUUUAUGCUACCCCAUUAGAGUCUUACAAAAUGUACUUCAAAAUAGCAGCCUUCAAGAUUACAGGGAAAUUAAUCUUGCAGACUAAAGUUUUACAUUUGACAAGCUUAUUGGAACACAGUGUCAAAGCACUUUGGCAAUAUGACAAUUUUGAUGUUUCAAAGUACAAGUUCCUAGCAGAAAGUGAAAAUGAGGAGGAUUAAACUGCAGUAAAUUAAGGUCACAUUAAACUCAGGAUUAAUGUGUCUUAAUAUGCAUUCAUUGAUUUUAUACCCCUAGUGAUUUCAUCCUAAUAUAUCUAAGUGUCUCCAUGCAGCCAAGGAUCUAAUUUAGCAGCCCUCACUUGCCUUGAGUCAUAUUUACUAUCACUAUUUUCAUCUUCCUACUUGUAAGGAAGAAUUACUCAAUGAUAAAGCUUGCAAAACUGAGUACUGCUUGUCUUUCAAAACUACAUUCACUAGGCUUAUCUUGACAGGUCAAGGGAAAUACUUACAUGAUCAGUUCUAGAUCAUUCAUUCUGUUGCAGUGUUAAAAAAUCCAGAUAAAUCCCAAAAAUAAAAUGAAAUCUGUUCAUUUUCUAAAUCCUACUUCUUUAGAAAAGUUUCAUAAAAGAAACACACCUGCUUCUUUCUUUCAGCAAGUGCUGUGGGUAUCAAUAGUACAAGUACUCAAAUUGGGAAAUAAUGGUUUGUAUAUUCUUAUUUAAUCUUUUAACUCCAGUUUUCCAGCAGGUGUGCAAAUCCUUUAUUCUGACCUUUGAAGCUGUCACUUGUUCGUAAGUUAUGAAUUCCUCUAACAGCUAAGGACACUUCUAGAGGUUAAGAAGUGCAAGCUAUAGACUACAAUUAUACUUCUUCAUCAAGUGAUGGGAUGAAACUCAAAAUACUAUGCAGAAAAAAAUAUUUUGGGGCCAGCUUUCAUAAACAAACAAAAAAAAAAAAAAAAGAAAAAUCUUCAGUUUGAAGCUUUCUAGCACUUUUCCCCAGCAUCACCACCCCUUUUGAUACUAAAGGACAAGAUGCUUUGGUUUGUGUCAUAGUGUAUUUAAAAGGCUUGCAAGACACACAAUCCUGUGUGUUUCCACCUUGUAUCAGUUCAAUGAAAAAAUAUUUCCAUGGUACAUCCACAUUCACAACCAAUUAAACAAUGUAAAAAUAGAUGACAUAAUGCACCUAUGCAUGCACACACAAGCAUGCAAACACACCCCCCAACACGAUUUAUAUACAUGGAAAACAAUCAUCUAACAUUCAAGAUAUUGCAUGGGAUUGUGUCUGUGUUGUGCUCACUGGCAGCUGGUGGCAGGUGCAGAGCCAACACUUACUCGUAACACUGUCUACCCCCUCCCAGAGGCAGAGCCUGCCCUGAGAUACUGGGAACGUCUCGGGUCUUCAGCUGGUUGUGGCUCAGUGAGACAAAAAGUGGGAUAAUCUUUCAGAGGCACAAAAUAAUUUGUUCUUUUGAACAUCUUUUGAGCUCUCAUGUCUUUCCUUUGUGUCCCAAACCACGUUCACCAGGUUUCACUUCCCUUCUGAGUGAUAGUUCUUCGAGAUGUAGAUGUCGGUCUUGAAGAGCAGCGCUCUCUGGGUACCUCCUCCGGCUUCCCCGCCUGUCACCUGCGCCCCGUCGCCCCCAAGGCCCCAGGUGGCCCUGCUGCUGGUGCUACCACGUCUUCACCUUGGGCUUGGCCAGAGGAUCCCAGCGGCACCUCCACACCAUGUGCUGUGCUGGCCACUUUCAUUUCACAUAGAAAUUGAGCAAACUGUGCAGGUGACUCAGGACGGGAAAAAAAACCACCCAACAACAAGAAACUGCAGUGAGCACUUCUUUCUCUCUCUUUUUCUUCCUCUUAGUUAUUUCCAGAAACAGGCUAAAACUGAAAAGGCCCAACCAGCC